AGAGCGGAGAGACGACGGAGCUGUCAAACAGCAACAGUCGUCUGAAAUAUUAUCCCGGACAGUUGAAGUAGAAAACGUCGGGUUUUUUGCUCGUUUGCGGGAACAAGGAUUACAGAGACAGACUUCGACUUUGCUUCGUGAAUUCAGCUCUGGGGAAUGUGGACAUACUGAAACGUCGCGGCGAAAAAACUUCUUGUUUUGUGUGUGUGUGUGUGUUGGUGGAUCUCAGGCUAAUGUCUGUUAGCUCUUCUCUCAGCUCGAGUUUUGUUGACAAACUAGCCAGUCGGCUAGUCUCGGAGCUAGCUGCGUUACCAACUUUACUGUGUCGGGGCUUAGCUCGCCGUUUUCGAUAAAUGUUUCCCCUUGAAAGACAUGGACUCCAGCUUGAACUGGUCUUGCAAACAUCUUCAUGAAAUAAAAACAGGUCUCCGAGGGCUUACUAUACAUCAGUUAAACAUGUGAAAUCCCCCCCCCCUUCCAUCCUGGUGGACUCCCCAGUUACGAGCAGUGAGGAGGAACAGGACUACAGGAAAAACGUCUUGUAUCCAGCCAGUGUUUGUCAUCGGGGGCUGCCCUAAACAAAAAUUUUAAACUGAAGUCUAUGUGCGUGACAUAUUUUCUCCCAGGACACAAACUGAGCAAAUUCUGUGCUGCGGUGGAUCCCUCGGCACCAUUAAAACAAUCUAGUGCUCUUGUCAUGUGGGUACAUUACAGAAAAAGGCCCAUAUUACCCUCACUGGUAUCACUGUCUUUCACAUCACCAUGGACCGGAACAAACGCAACUCCAUCGCUGGGUUCCCUAGACGACCUGACCGUCUCAAUGAGGACAGAGAUGGUAUUGUAGGGGUCGGGGUCUGCGAUAUGGGCAUGAACCCGCCUUCACAGGUGGGCAGGGUGUGGCCAUCAUCCUACAGAGCCCUCAUCAGUGCCUUCUCUUGUCUUACACGCCUUGAUGACUUCACCUGUGAGUGGAUUGGCUCUGGAUUCUUCUCUGAUGUCUACAAGGUGUGUCACCGAGCUUCAGAUCAAGUUAUGGCCCUGAAGAUGAACAAGCUCAGCAGCAACAGAGCAAACAUGUUGAGAGAGGUCCAAUUAAUGAACCGACUUUCACAUCCAAACAUACUCAGGUUUAAGGGAGUGUGUGUUCAUGAGGGCCAGCUUCACGCCUUGACAGAGUACAUCAACGGUGGAAACCUGGAGCAGCUUCUAGACAGCAACAAACACCUGAGUUGGCCGACCAGGGUGAAACUGGCCUAUGAGAUCGCCAGCGGUCUGGCCUACUUGCACUCCAAAGGCAUAUUCCACCGGGAUCUGACCUCCAAGAACUGCCUGAUCAAAUGUGAUGACAACAGCUUCACAGCAGUAGUGGGAGACUUUGGCCUGGCAGAAAAGAUCCCCACUAAUCUCGCUGAAGGAGAGAAGCUGUCAGUAGUUGGUUCCCCUUUCUGGAUGGCCCCAGAGGUUCUGAGAGAUGAACAUUACAACGAGAAGGCCGAUGUGUUCUCUUAUGGUAUAAUUCUGUGCGAGAUCAUUGCGAGGAUCCAGGCUGACCCCGAUUUCCUUCCCCGCACAGAGAACUUCGGCCUGGACUACCACAUGUUCCAGCACAUGGUUGGAGACUGUCCGCCCGACUUCCUCCAGCUGGCUUUCAACUGCUGCAAUAUGGACCCUAAACUCCGUCCAUCCUUCCCAGAAAUCGUCAGACACCUGGAGGAGAUCCUCGCGCGGCUCAAAGUUGAAGAGAUGGAGCACGAGUGUGUCCCGCUCAGCGCAGACAACAACGACAAGAAGACCAUACCCAAAGGUGAGAAGAUUCAGGGCUUCAAGCGUCUGAAUCCUCUCGGUUUCCAGGAUGACAAAAUCCCUCCCAAAUCACCCCGCCCCCGACGAAAUAUCUGGCUCAGCCGCAGCCAAUCGGACAUCUUCUCCUGCAAACCGGGAAGAAAGGUCAACGUCCAGGACCCUUACUACAACCCCCCCACCUCCCAGCGAGCCUCCAAAGCUAGCAAGAUCAACCCUUUCACCGCCCGAGAAGACCUGUGCGGGGGCAAGAUCAAGUUUUACGACGUGCCCAGCAAGUCUGUCUUCUCGCUGGUGUUUGACCUCCACUCGCCCCCGGGGAGCGUGUUCAGUAACCUGCCCACUGCUCACGGACCCGGCGGACCCCAACAGGAGACGUCUUACUACUGGCAGCAGCUGCCGGGAAGACAGUGUCACUCCUUACCGGUGUCCCCCCAACUCCCGCGGUCCGAGGUCUUCCACGUCACUGCUGCUGUUAACUCCAAUAACAACGGUUCUCUCACCUGUAACUCCAGCCAGCUGUCCACAACGCUGCCAGCAGCUAACUCCUGGUCCGAGUCAGGCCUGAUGGGAAACGAUGUCCGACAGAAAGCGGGGCUGAGCAGCUGGGCGAAGAAAUACGUCGUGGUUGAGAUCCCACCUUACUGCAGGCAGAGAGGAGGGGAGGAGGAAGAGGAGGGGGAGGAGGAGGAGGAGGAGGAUGGAGCAGUAGAAGGGAAGAAGGAGGGAAACGAGGAGGACGCGUUUGGGGAGAGCUGGUCUCCGAUGAUCCCCAGCAGCGAGAGAGACAGUGGAGAGGCGAUGGACUGCUCCAGCAGCCUGGAGGAAGAGGAGCAACGAGAAAGAGGGACACACACCUGCCCCAUGUAGCGCACCUGUAAACCCACGCAGGCGCACACACACAUGGAGGGGUGGCGGAGAGGAUGGUGGGGGUUCGAGACUGGAGAGAGAGAGACUCUGACCUCUGGAUGUGAGGAUAAAUAUAGACUGAAAAACUGGACACAUUUCAAAGACUUUGGUAAAAAUCUAACAAAAAGAAAAGAUAGAGCACUUGAUUUUUAUCUUUCAAGUGAAUGUAUGACAUGUUGAAGAAAUCAAGCACACCUGAUUCAGAUAAAUAACUAUUUUUCAGAGAUCUUAUAACCCAGGUGUGACAGAACAAGUCUCCAUUUAGCACAAAAAAAGGCUAUUAUCAACACAAUGGACACCCAGCAUAGAGAUUAUUUUUUUGAAAAAGUUGUUUAUAUUUAAUAUUGUGAGAUGAUGUAGAUUUUUUUUCCUGUAAGGGUUUCUUACAUUAGAUGUCUUGAUGAGGGGUAUUGAAGAUCCCUUGUGUUGUGUAUGUGUGAGUGUUUUACUUUCCCGCCCCCCACGUGUUCUUUGUUACACAACCCCUGAUAUUAAAAUCAAAAACAUCCCAGAUCUUUUUUGAUUAACGAGACAGUUCGCUGACAUUCAGUUGAGAAAUAUUAUAAUGAUUUAUAAUAAAUGUGUGCCUCAAACACAGAUAUUCAUGAGACAUUAAAUCUGAAGCCGUUUUAAAGCACCACAGAAAAAGAAGGCUGGAGUGGUAUCUUCAUUUAGCAGAUUUACAGUCCACUACUUUAUACCUUGCAAUGGUGAAGAUGAGUUGAGAGAUGGUUUCAGUUUUCAUACAGUUUAUUCCAGAUUAUAUUUGUGCAAGCAGCGCAGCGUUUGUAGUGGUUGUUACAUUGUCUGCAUGAGCUCUGAAAGGACCAUAUUUAACAACCAGUUAGCCCACUAACUGCUAAGUACAGCAGGUUGGUAGCCUCUUAUUGACAAGGAGAUCGUUGUAUUUGGUCAUAGGCAUCAUACGGUGUAUCAUCAGCGGUCAUAGCGGAGCGUUCACGAACUGCAGGCGAACAUGAAGGUUGUGAAGAGGAGCAUAGAAAUUUAAUUGUGUUUUUGCUCUCAAAUCUCAGAUGUCGUUUUCUCAAAAGCAUCUCGAGUUUUAAGAGUUCUCUCUACAUUAUUACACAAUGAUGCUAAAACUGUCAAAAAUAAAAUGUAUUUACUAUGAUGAAUUACACUCUAAAACAAGUUUAAAGUUCUGUUUUUAUAUCACUGAAAUUUAUAGAAACAAGAUGCAAAACUGAUCUAAAAAUUUACAUCUUAUUUAAGAUAAAGGCUGGUAGUCAUGUGAACUAUAUACACAAAAAGGUUAAUUAAUGGUGUCAUCAUGUGUCCUGGAACAGUGUUGUGAAACAAACAGCGAUCACUGCUGUGACUCUACAGAUUUUUGCUUCUUAUUCUUCAGAAAAGUUGCAAUGAGUCGAUUGUUCCAACAUGACGAGGGACUAUGCAGCGUAUUCAGCCUGUUAUCCUGGAUUUGUCUCGUUAAAAUGAGUAUCAAAGACCAAUUUCUUAAUUUUUUGAACAAUAAUUUGUGUAAACCUCCACACAAAUUCAAUUUAUUUUUAGGUUUAAUUCCAUCUCAUUUCACUUACUUGAAAACUCAGAAAAGACAUAAGUUGUUGGACUCAGGAGACAGAUUCAGUGUCAGAAUACAACGUAGGUUGGUUGAUAAUCUUUUGAAACAGCACAACCUGGUGUUUGAGUUCUUGAGGACCUGAUUUUGAGUUCAACAGACAUUCAAGCAUCCAAAAAAGUGUUUGUUCUAUCGCAAAUGUAACAAAUUUAAUUGUUCUUCAGAAUAAUUAUUCCUUCAUUGUUUCUCUGAUGGUUCUGAUGGUCCAGCCAAGGUUCAAGUAGUGAGAUUUGGCUUAAAAUUCAAUGUGUCAUUUUUAUAAAUUGGAGCACAUUUCCUUUAUUUUAAGAUUUCCUGACCCAGUCUGACCCACCAAAACUCACAAGAGACUCUGAAACACUCCAUAUGUGGUUGCUGCUAACAUUUGAUUGAUUUUUUUUUAAAUAAAUUGGUGGCCUCAUGACAUUUCCUGCUUUUAUGAACACACUCCACAGAAAAAUCUUAAACAGAUUCGGUGAAAGACUUUCUGUUUUAUCUGUUUCCUGUGUUGAGAUUUGAGAGUUGAACAUGUCACUAAUCGGGGGUUUAAGGAAAUGAGUAUUAAAAUCAUUUAAGUGUCAUCGAGAAGGUUUUUAUUUCACAUCAAAACCAUUUUCAGUGUUCUUCUGAAUGUUUUCAGUGUAUAAACUAAAUAUAUUUGUUGAACAUGAACUAUGUUUGCCUCCUCGGCUCCCGCGUGACGACUCUUGUUACAUUCUGCUGAUCUCAGUCUGAUCACUUCGAUAGGAACUAAAAUGCACUUGAAGAUAUACAGUGAUCUCCUCGCAACUACUUUAUCACUACUUUUCUAUGCAAUAAAUGUAACUUUUAUCACA